AUCACGGACGACGACACCGAGCCACCGACGCCCUUUUACCAGACCAUUGUGGGACCUCGCUUCAUUCGACUCAAGUGGGAGCCACAAAUUCUGCAUGAACUCUCCAACCCAGAUGUGUUUAUUAUCACCUACCCUUUUAAUCACACUGACUCCCCGAGGGGCAAAGUUGGGAUACUCAAUGACGGAGAAAUCACUCUUGACGAUCUGACACCCAACUCAGCAUACAAAGUGGCUGUGAUGGUGGGACAAAAUGGACAGCCAUUUAUGUAUUUCACCAUGCCCAUUGUAACCACGAGUACAGCAGAUCAACUUGCACUUACAGACCAAGAGGAAGAAGGGUCGAGCACCGAGGAAGAGCAACACACGAAGCCCUUCUAUCAGAUCAGUGCGUCAGCUCAAACAAUUGACUUCACGUGGAAUCCGGCCAGCUUGCGUAAUAUGGCAGAUGCAGAAAUCACAAUCACCUCAAACCCAACCACUGACUCCAAAUCGGCAGUAACCAAAUCCGCACUCAUCGGCGAUGGGAGAAUCACUCUUGACGGACUAACACCCAGCACCGUCUAUGCAGUGACUGUUAAGGUGGUGCAAAGGGGAGAGACAGUGUCUACGUUCAGCGAAAUCAUUCCAACACAGAGCUUUGCUGUCGUCGUAACUCAUGCUGUGAAAUAUCUUAUUUGGGCAGAUGAGGACGAGGCAACCAGUGGAUCCGCUGCGACUUCUGUAAUCACUGGACUGGCAAUCUCUAGUCUCGUCGCACUCCUUACAUUAAUGUCCUCUUAA